AUGGUUCCUUAUUCUUCCGAUCCUUCACGCAGCGGGCAUGGAAUGGCCUUUAUCAUAACGCCCAGCAAGUCACCUGUGGAAAAUUCAUCAACACAGUACCUCGGAUUGUUGAAUAAUUCAAACAUUGGGAACCCUGACAAUCAUGUCUUUGCCAUUGAGUUCGACACAGUCGAAAGCAGCGAUGUCAAAGACAUCAACAACAAUCAUGUGGGUGUGGAUCUCAACGACCUCAAAUCGGUAAAGUCUGAAACUGCCGGCUACAGGAUUGGCAACCAAUUUCAUGAACUAGAUCUCAAUAGUGGACAGAAUAUUCAGGCGUGGAUCGAUUACGAUCAUACCUAG